UGUCACAGACAUUUUAUGUCUAUUUCAGGUUAAUUGGUACUGAAGCAAAAAUAAAAUUGAAAUAAAAUAGCAAAAUGAAUGAUGGAAAUGAGUUGCAUUCCUCAAAGCCGGAAUUACCGUUAGAAAUUGUUUUACGCACAUGCGAUAAAGAAAAUCAUGUCAAUAUUUACAGCAUUAAAGAUAUUGCGAUAUAUGCAGAGUCUUUGAUAAAUGAGAGAAAAUUUGAGGAAUUUCGACAAAUGCUUGGAUUAUUCUGCCAGAAUGAUGACUUUUACCAGAUACUGAAAGAUGACAAAUUUUUAAUCGCAUUUCUUAAGUAUCAACUCCAUCUUCAACAAUUUUCAGAAAUCAUUCAAACGCUUCAGAGUAUAGAAAGCACGCGUAACCCGGAAUUUCUGGAACUUUGGGAUGAGGUUCAUUAUCAACAAUACUUUUCUACACAUGGUAGACUGACAUCCGUGCAUAAGUUUAGAAUCAGACAGAGAAAUCCACCACCGCCAGGGCUGUGUGUGGGCGGAGUUAGACCUAACAAACGAUUGUUGGAAACAGCAUCAGCCGUGUUUCGAGAAUGGUUUACCAAGCAUUCUUCAUACCCUUAUCCAUGCAAAUCAGCAAAACGUGCUCUUGCAAAGCAGGCUGGCGUCCCUGUUGACACAGUCACCUCAUGGUUUUCUAAUGCUCGAAGAAAACAAAAAAUAAAACUAGAAAAGAUUGAGAAGUUAUCAUGCUAUGGUGGUGAUGAAGAAUUAGAUGAACAAAAAACAGAAGGUAUUACCUCAAUAGAGCCAUACACUGCUUUAGAUCAGAAUGAAAUGGUAGAAGGAGAAAUUUGUGAAAGUACAGAAUUACCUAGCAUUCAAACCAUAGGGAGUGAAACACCAUCUGUUACUGAUGAAAGUGUUGUACCAUCAUGGAGUAAUAAUUUGCCAACUACAGUCCAAACAACAUAUCCUCUUGAUUAUUCUACAAGAUCAAGGAUUCCCUCAGAAGAACAGUGUAACAGCCAUAGAGUUCCAUUUUCAACCAUUCAAGAAAGUAAUGGACGACUGAAAUACUGGAAAAUUCAGUCUGAAUGUCAAACUGAAGGGUUUAGAAAAUGCCUUAGACAAGUAAAUGAAACAAAUGACAAAACAGAACACAAACAAAAUAAACACCAGAUUAAACCUUUCACAGAUAUUGAAAGGGGUUAUGUUUUAUGUAGAAAUCCAUGUCUAAAAAAGGAAAAUGGUCAUAUUGUCAAGGAAGUCCCAGAAAGUGUUGGUUACUCAUUAUACAAUGGAGAUUGUAUGGAAUCAGAUGAACAAGACAUUAAUACUAGAGCAAAGAAUGAGACAAGUAACAAUGUUGGAUGGGUGACAGAAAAUUUCAAACAAGCCUUUGAUGAGGAAAAAAUCCAUAUGAAAACCCCUUGGAAAGCAAACAAUCUCAUAUCCAAGACAUGCAGUAUGGAAGUUGUAAACAAGGUUAAGAAAGCGCCUUAUAAAACAAGUGAAGUUGAUAUCAUGGAGGGUUACUAUGUAGGAGCUGAUGCAAAACAUACUGAGAUGUGUAACAAAUAUGGAUAUCAAAGUGCAAAAGAUAUUACUAACUUUACAAGUAGUUACAGACAAAUUCUUCCUAAACUAACACUGGAGGAAAUACAUAGUAAAGCCAAGGAGGAUUACCAUGGAGGAGCUGAUACAAAACAUACUGAGGUGUGUAACAAAUACAGAUAUCAAAGUGCAAAAGAUAAUAGUAACUUUGCUAGUAGUUACAGACAAAUUCUUCCUAAACUAACAUUGGAGGAAAUACAUAGUGAAACCAAGGUUCCAAAUGAAACUUUAAUACAGAAACUUCGAAACAAGCUGAAAGACCAUAAAAUAAAAGGAAAGGGACGAAACAGAAGGAAAAACACAAAUAUUACAGCAGAUGAUUGUAUAAAGUCUUUACAGAAACUCUGUGAUCAUGUUGAAGCAGGUGUAAUGUCACCAACGGACUAUGCUUGUAGUGUUGAAUUUGAUAGUCUGACAGAUGAAGAAAAAGAUGAUGACAUGAUUGGCAUUGGACAUUUCACAUUGAAAGGAGAUCAUGGACAGAAUAAGACAGAGUUUGAAAAUAUUUCAGAGGUUAGAACAGAUUUUGAAACGGGAAAUGUUUGCAGAUUGUUCAAUGAUGUUAGAGGAGACAGACAUGAGGAAAAGAUGUUAAGUAUUGAAAGAAGUGACAUUGUACAUGUAAAUGAGAAAGAACAGUUUGCAGCCAUGAGUGAUACAGACAUUCCAGUCUGCUUAGUAAGACAACCUGAAGCUGGAUUAAGCAGAGAAUGGAGCCAAUCAGAUCAAAGAAAGAGUUCACAAUCAGAUCAGCUUGUUCCAUGCUCACCUGAAUUAUUCUAUGCAUCAGCAUUCCCAUUGAGUCCAAGUGCAUUUGAGUCACCAUUUUCAUCAGCCGUCCUGUUGGUUCCAAGCCCAAUAGAAUCACCUUAUCAAUUGGCUUCAAGCCCAUCAGAGCUACCAUGUUUACCUGAGACUGAAAUGGAUUACAGCUCAACAGAUUUACCCUACCAAUUAGGGAGUUAUAGAUCACCACUGGAUCCUGGGGUAUCAGACAUAUACAGCCAUAGUCAUGCUGGGGAAUUGGAUAAGCAGAACUUUCGGUUAUCGUAUCCUGAUCCAUUGAGUGCAUGGAUAGGAACUGGUUGGUCACCUACAGAAGGGCCCUACACUGAUGUCCAUCAUGACAUUUCAAGAUAUUCUAGUAACUAUGGUACAGUGGUAAGGGAAGCGAUACAGGGCCUGCUGAAUCUGAGCUCCUCACAGGAGUCGGUUGGAAGUUGUGUGGACUCUACUUUCUUAUAA